AUGGCGGCUCCCUUUGAACUAGAGCGGAAGAACCCAUUCAGAACCUUCCAGAGUGUGCAUGAUGUACAUGAAAUGGAAAAUAGAAUACAUCGUCCUGAACUACAUCUAAUUGCUUCUUCUUUGCAACAGAAGUAUUAUGACUUGGUGGUGGAUGUGAGACAGUCACUAAUUCAUCACAAUGUUGAUAUCGAAGGGAUUAAAUUGCUCAUUGAGUUAUAUUUGAAAGGAGAAACUCGAAAUCAUCCAGUGCUGAAAAAAUAUCUUGAUCUUCUUCAGAAGAUUCAUGAUUUCAAUAGUUUAUUUCAUUUCCUAAUUGAUAAUCACUUCAUUGGUUAUCUCAACUAUAAUCUGUUGAAAAGAAUAUCGAAACGUAUUCCACAGGAUGUUAGUCUCAUGAAUCAAGUUGACAACUAUGAAAUGAAGUAUGCUGAACUACUUAAUAAAAUUUCCUGUAAUAAUUUGGUGCAUUUGUUUGACGAAUGGUAUGACCUUUCUCCCAACACACCUAUUGGUUUACCUCGUAUCUCUUUUCGUCUUGGCUCCCCUUGGCUUCAUUCUCGAUUUUACACAUGGGUUUUAACAUUUGAUAAGCUGUCAUGGUCUCAUCAUGCAUUUCUUGCUCAGUUACGAGAGAAUUGCAUUAUCAUCACUUAUGCUAUACUACCAUGUGUUCUUGAUGAUGUCAUGAGAGAUCUCAAGGAUCCAGUGAUAUUGAAGAAGCUAAAGGACCACAAUAUUACUGUAAUUGAAUUACCACAAGAAGAGGAAGAAGAUUUUGAGGGAAAGGAGGAAGACCCACAGAUUGAAUCCACUGCUAAAGCAGAACCAAGGGUUGGUGCUUCUUCAAUCAUACAGACCACAUCAUCUGAGGGUAAAAUUCCCACCACAAGCACUACUACUACUUUGAAAGGAGCUGAUCCUAAUGUUACUAAGUAUACAUUUGGUGAUAAUCCUGCUCUUAUUGUAGCCAUUGAAAAGGAUAAUAUUGAUAUAGUGAAAUUGUUACUGGAGAAAGGAACUGAUCCUAAAGUUACUGAGUAUACAUCUGGUGAUAAUCCUGCUCUUAUUGUAGCCAUUGAAACGGAUAAUAUUGAUAUAGUGAAAUUGUUACUGGAGAAAGGAGCUGAUCCUAAUGUUACUGAGUAUCCAUCUGGCGGCUCUCCUGCUCUUAUUAUAGCCAUUGAAAAAGGUAAUAUUGAUAUUGUUAAAUUGUUACUGGAGAAAGGAGCUGAUCCUAAUGUUACUAAGUAUCCAUCUGGCGGCUCUCCUGCUCUUAUUAUAGCCAUUGAAAAAGGUAAUAUUGAUAUUGUUAAAUUGUUACUGGAGAAAGGAGCUGAUCCUAAUGUUACUAAGUAUACAUCUGGUUAUAAUCCUGCUCUUAUUGUAGCCAUUAAAAAGGAUAAUAUUUAUAUAGUAAAAUUGUUACUGGAGAAAGGAGCUGAUCCUAAAGUUACUGAGUAUACAUCUGGUGAUAAUCCUGCUCUUAUUGUAGCCAUUGAAAAGGAUAAUAUUGAUAUUGUUAAAUUGUUACUGGAGAAAGGAGCUGAUCCUAAUGUUACUAAGGAUACAUCUGGUUAUAAUCCUGCUCUUAUUGUAGCCAUUAAAAAGGAUAAUAUUUAUAUAGUAAAAUUGUUACUGGAGAAAGGAGCUGAUCCUAAAGUUACUGAGUAUACAUCUGGUGAUAAUCCUGCUCUUAUUGUAGCCAUUGAAAAGGAUAAUAUUGAUAUUGUUAAAUUGUUACUGGAGAAAGGAGCUGAUCCUAAUGUUACUAAGGAUACAUCUGGUUAUAAUCCUGCUCUUAUUGUAGCCAUUAAAAAGGAUAAUAUUUAUAUAGUAAAAUUGUUACUGGAGAAAGGAGCUGAUCCUAAAGUUACUGAGUAUACAUCUGGUUAUAAUCCUGCUCUUAUUGUAGCCAUUGAGAAGCAUGAUUUCAAAAUUGUUGAGGUGCUACUUGAAAAAGGAGCUGAUCCUAAUAUUGAUUUUGAUACU